UACGAUGAACGCUUUGUAAAAAUUUACUUUCUGUUUUUGCAUAUACAAUCAGUCGUUUGGCGUCAAAAUAUGAACUCGAGUUUAGUAAGUUUAGUUACGUUGGAAUAAUUUUCGGUCAAAUUUGGAAGAAAUUUUACGUGGGUUUUCAAAUUCAAGAUAAACGAGAUUCACAGAUGGAUUGGAGAGCAAACGUGAUGUGGAUUUACGCGAUUGGUGUUGUUUUAAUCAUCACAAAUGCAGAAGCGUCUGAAAUCAGUGGUGACAAACUGGAUAAUUCUUCAAGCAGAGUACUGAUGACUGACGAAGCAGCAUGCAGUAGUUCAUGUUGUGGUACAAUGAGAAGACGUUGUCAAAUGGGUAAUGUUGUGAGAACCGCCGGAUACGAUUAUAGACAUUUUUUUCCAAUCAAAGAAAUAAAUGGGGAAAUUAAGGUAAAAUUCAAAGUGAGAGCGGAUCGUGACGCUCAUAUGCUAUUUUCAGACAAAAUCUUCCCGCAACCAGGAGACACAUAUUAUGAGAUAAACUUGGGUGGAAGGGGGAAUACGGUAACAGUCAUCCGAAGGAAUAAAGAUUUUGCUGUUGAACGCUCAGUUGAAGAACCAACGCCAAAUGUGGUUCACCCCUGGGAUUAUCGCGAAUUCUGGGUUACAAUUAGUCACUAUGGAGCUGUACGAUUAGGAAGAAAGGGCGAAAACGCAUUCAUACAAUUUAAAUAUCGAUACGUAGUACCGAUUAAUUACUACAGUGUUUCUGCUUGGGAGACUAGUGCUUUAUGGAAACUUCCUCUAUUCUCUUACGAGUAGGAUUUUUCGUGAUGAGAUUUUUGUUGAUGGGCGGUAUUCAUGAUUUAAAUACAAUAGCAUACCUACGUACUUAUAUGUAUAUCUACUGCCGAUGCAAUUGUGAGUAAUUGACCGAAUAAAAAAUUUUCAAGAUCAAAUAA